GCUAUGUCAGAGCUGUGUGGAAGGACUAUGUUGAAGGACCAGAGCAUGUAAUCAUCUGUCUGUUCUGUGUUUUGCAGACUAUCCCACAGUUCCUUCGCCGUGUUCCAGCAGGCCCUGUUACCCAGGGGUCCAGUGCAUUGACCUGCGCCCGCCCUACGUGGGCUAUGUCUGCGGGCGCUGCCCGCCCGGUUUCCAUGGCAAUGGACGCAUCUGCACCAAGAAUCCACGAGCAGGUGUUCAUCAUCAUCAGUCCCAGGCCAAGCCCAGUCGCUCAGGCCCAGGCUACAGCAAAGCUCCCCAGCUCCACCUGCCCGCCAUGCCCUUCAGGAACUCCCAGCGCCACAUCUCCCUCUCCCAGCCCCCGGCCCGCGCCGCCCCCCCUCAGGGCGCCACUCCGCGGCCCCAGGCGCUACGCACCCCGGCCCCGUCCCCAUCCGCAGUCACGGAGAGGAGGGUGGCCCCGCGGCCCAAGCAACACACCCUAGACACGCAAACGCACACACACACCAUCACCAACCGCUUCACCACAGCUGACAGCACAGAGCCAGACCUGCUCCCAGACACAGAGGCUGGAAGCUGGAGGAAGUCGAGAGCUGGAGUUGAAGCUGGAGAUGAAGCUGGAGAUGGCACUGGGGUUUCUUCUAAGACCACCGUGUCUCAGAGUGGGGCAGUUAAAGUGACCUCCUCAAACAGGGCCCCCGAAAUCCGUCCCCAGCCGCAGCACCGGCCCCCGGCACUGCUGGUGGCCCCCGGGGGGGUGCGUGCGUGGACCCCCGCACAGCGCCCACAGACGGCCGCGCUCACGGCCCUCUCCUUCUCCUUCUCCGAGGCCGAGUACUCUGCCGAUGGCGCCCUGGGGCCCGGGGGAGGGGCGGGGGACCCCGACGCAGACGCCCAGCACGUGUUCCCCUUCACCACACCUGCCAGACGCACACACAGGCCCUCCUCCGGGUCCGCCGGGUCCACCCAGGCCCGCCACACCACCACGCGCGUCAGCGGCAUCAGCCUGAUGGGCCGCCGCGACCCCAAGUUGGAGUCGGAGCUGGAUCUUGACUUCGCACCCCUGACGUGCAAUGACAGACCCUGUUACCCUGGGGUGCAGUGCUUCCAGAGGGCUAAUGGGGGGUACCGCUGCGGCCGCUGCCCCGUCAACUACAUCGGGGAUGGAAGAUCCUGCAGAGCUGUGUGCAGGCACCCGUGCAGCAGAAACAUGGAGUGCGCCGCCCCCAACACGUGCCGCUGCAAGCCGGGAUACACAGGACCCAAUUGCCAGACAGCUAUCUGCAACCCAGCCUGCAGUAAUGGAGGCACGUGUGUUGCUCCUGGUGUGUGUGCCUGCGUCAAGGGCUACCACGGCGAGGCGUGCGAGGAUGCGCUGUGCAGCCGGCCCUGCCAGCAUGGGGGGACCUGCGUGGGCAGAGACACCUGCUCCUGCCCGUACGGCUUCGUGGGGCCCAGAUGUGAAACCAUGGUGUGUAACCGCCACUGUCAUAACGGUGGGGAGUGUGUGUCACCAGACGAGUGCCUCUGCAUGCCUGGAUGGACAGGACCCUCCUGUGAGACGGCCUUGUGUGACCCGGUGUGUCUAAACGGAGGCACCUGUCUCCGCCCCAACACCUGCAGCUGUCCCCACGGCUUCUACGGCUCCCAGUGUCAGAACGCCGUCUGCAACCCACCCUGUAAGAACGGCGGCCGCUGCAUACGCAAGAACGUCUGCACUUGUCUGGAGGGAUACACUGGAAAUAUCUGUGAGAAGAGUGUGUGUGAGCCCGGCUGCAUGAACGGCGGGAGGUGUGUCGGCCCAGAUGUGUGUGACUGCCCCUCUGGCUGGCGAGGGAGGCGCUGCGAUAAACCCAAGUGUCUGCAGAGGUGUCUGAACGGCGGCGAGUGUGCCGGGCCCAAUACCUGCCUGUGCAGCGCCGGUUGGCAGGGCACGCUGUGCCAAGUCCCUAUCUGCCAGCAGAAGUGUCUGUAUGGAAGCCGCUGCGUUAGUCCCAAUUACUGCGCCUGCAGAUAUGGCUAUGAAGGGGCUGGGUGCGCCAGGAAGCUGCCGUUUGUCCGAGGAGGCUGAAGACGUACCCACUGUGAAGAGCGCCCCCCUAGCUCCGCUGGACGCCCCGUGAACAGCACAGCACCUGGGACCUCACCUGUACAUAUCCAUAUAGCCAAAGAUGAUAAUUUAUACAUGAGGGUAUAUUAUCAAUAUGCAAUGCAUUUGUAUGAGGUUAUGUUGUCUGAUAUGAGGCCAAGCUCUAUCCAUAUGGUUCCUUUAUAUUCUCCUAGCUGGUGUUGGCGUUGGCUCUUGUGUGUUUCUGUUUGAAUGCUGUGUAGCUGGUAGCGGCAUUGCCCUUGAUUUCUGACGGGUGUCAUCAUGUUGUCACCUAAAAUGGCCAGGUUCCCCCGUUAGGUGUGUGCGUGUGUGCGUGUGUGCGUGUGUGCGUGUGUGUGUGUGUGUGUGCGUGUGUGUGAUUCACUGUGAGCAGACCCGCGGCUCAACAGUGUCAUUUUUAUAUCGAUGACAGAGAAAAGGGGGAGGAAAUAAUCCCCCCUCAACAACAACAACAACAACAACAAAAACAGCAGCCAAAAAGGCCUCCAUCUAAGUUGACACCAACAAUCCACAAAAUGCCUACUACAUUUACAUUUACAUUUACAUUUAGUCAUUUAGCAGACGCUUUUGAAAGCGACGUACAAGGGAGAGAACAGUCAAACU